AUUAUAUCAGGUACAGAGGACACGAGUACUCCGGAAGGAGGCCUCCGAGUCACGUUUCGAUAAUAACUAUCUUUCUGUACGUUGGUAAUAUUUUUAAAAAAUUAUGAAAUCGCUGUAGGAAGUGAUGGACAGUCAAGUUGCACGUGAUGGCCGUCUGAUGGAGUUGGUGGAUGAGAAAUGGCGAGAAGACAAACUCCCGAUGGAGGAAGUAGCUGUGCCUCAGAUGGAACUGCCAGAAAUAGAACCAGAUAACGGACCAACCAAUGAGACCCUGAAAGAGCAGGAACAAAAGUGGGCUGACCUGGCACUGUCCUCACUGCAUGACCAGCCACCCGCGACCACCAGUAACUGACCAGCUGUAACUGCAUGUGAUUUUACGAUUCAGAAUCAUCUGAUAUCUAGUGAUCAUCACAGAGUCCGAAAAUGUGAAAUCUGAGGUUAAUAUGGUUAAGAGAGGUCUUAAUUUGUUCCCUCCACCAGACUUAAUGUUAAUUUCUAUAUAUUUGCCACUAUUAACUGUACUUUUUGAAGUAAUAGCACCAUUUGCAUGUAAUAAAUUUAGUACUGAACUUUUAAGGAAAAUGGAAGCUUGAGGACUAAUGGAUGCCUGUGUGCAUCAAUUCAUACAUAAUCCCUGCAAUUAAAUGGACUUGAUAAAAAGGGAAAUUGUAUGAACCAAAUGAAUUUAUGUAUCAAUAUUCGCUUCUUUUUUUAAAUAAAGUUUGUCAAAAUGGAGAAA